UAUACUGUUGACAGUUGCAUUUCACUUUGAUACGACAUUCUAUAACGGUAAAAACAUCAGCGGAAACCGUCGCAUUUUUCACUUCACUGUCAAGUCGCCAUUUUGGAUCGCUGUAUAGAAGUUAUUAAUUUGAAAAUCAAAAGCAACAAGAGAAUUUUUAAUUUCUAAAGAAAAUGGAUUUAUCACUUUCUAAUUUGGAUGAGUCUGAAAACUGUCGGUAUAUAUCCCAUGUCGAUUAUAUUUGUAUGAUACGCGAUUCCUACAAAGAUGGUACUGAGCGCACAUUUAACGAAUUAAAAGUAAAAGUUGAGCAGGAUUCUGAAGAUAAAAAGCAACAAGCUGGAGAUGCAUUAACAUUGUUAAGUCAAUGUCGCCAGACAUUGCAACAGUUAGAUGAUCAACGUAAAUGUAUCGGUAAAACACUGAAGGAGCAGGCCGAACGGGGAAAGUUGCUCUUCCAACAAGUUAUUCACGAGGAACAUCAGCUAAACGUUGAAGAAUCAUCAAUGCGGGAACUGCUUAAUAAAGUCAGGGAUCAAAACCCAUAAUUGUUUUCUUUGUUUGUGUUAUAAUAAGUCUUAAACCAAGUAAUAUAAUAGCUAUGCCUAUAA